CCGCGCUAAGAGACCCCACCCUCUAUAAUCUUUACCUGGACGUUCUGGAGGGACUGGAAAGCCUCGGUUUUCAACUAUUUUCGUCCCGCGCGACUCAGAGGCGCGGUUGGACUUACCACGACCCGCUGCUGGGCCGGCGGGGCCAACAAACAAAGAAACCGAAGUGAAGAAGAAAGGUGACUGUAAUAUUAAAAAUGAGAAAGAAGUCACGGUCUGCCUACAGUUUUGUCCUGCUUCCCUGUCUCACCUGUCUAGUUGCAUUGUCACCUGUCCACAUUACAGGCAUGGUGUGUGAGCCUGGGUGGUUCCCCUGCCAGUCUGAGGAAGUGUGUGUGGAGCGCAGGUUCAUCUGUGACGAUCACUUCGACUGCGUGGACCACAGUGAUGAAUGGAACUGCACGGACCAUCACGUUGAUGACUUCGUGGACAUGCUCUUCCGGAAGCGACCUGAUGAGGACUCCGAGAAGAGACGAGGACGGUGUGUGCUGGAGGAUCCGCCGAAGGAGUGUCGCUGUGCUGAUCUUAGUCUCUUCUGCGAGUCACGGCGUCUGCAGGCUGUUCCUUCGCCUUUGCCUUCCACCGCCCGCUACCUGGACAUCUCCGGCAACACCAUCACCACCCUCACCUCAUCCACCUUCUCUCGCCUGCCACACCUGCGCGUCCUAGUGGUGAUCAGGGCGGGAGUGCGGGAACUGCGGCGUGGCGUGUUCUCCUCCAUGGCGCAGAUCGGACGAAAUUUCUCCACUGAUGCUCUGUUCUGGUCCCCCCACAGCCACCUCACCGGCCAUGACAUCCACACGCUGGAGAACGGCACCAUGGAGGGCACUGGCUCGCUCACCCACCUACAGUUGAGCAGCAAUAACAUUAGUGACGUCUCCGAUGGCUUCUUCGUGCACAACAUCAAUCUGAAACGCCUGGAGCUGAACGAUAACCAACUCAGCAGGCUGCGUCCCUCCAUGUUCCGUGGCCUCGCUUCCCUGAGAAACCUGUACAUCGAGAGGAACAGAAUGAGGCACCUGGCGGCCCACGUGUUUGAUGAGGUGCCUAAUCUACAGUUCCUCUACCUCGGCUCCAACCAGCUGAGGACCAUCGACCCGGGAACCUUCGGGUGCCUCUCCCACCUCCACCUGCUGUCGCUGGAGAGAAACCUGUUGGCCACGCUCACCAACGGCACCUUCCACGGCCUGGCGCGGCUCAAAACCCUCAUCCUUCAGGACAACGGCGUCAAGGAGGUGGAGCAAGGGACCUUCAGUGAGCUGUUAUCGGUGGAGUCCAUGAACCUCCAGGGAAGCCACCUACAGGACGGCCCGCAAACCGCCGUGUUCGGAAAUAUGACCAGCCUGGAGUACAUUUAUUUCGACGAGUUCCGCCUGUGUUCCCUGGCGCUGCAUGUGCGGGUGUGUGAGCCCAAGGGGGACGGCAUCUCCUCCGUGGAGCACCUCCUUGACAGCCUUGUGCUACGAAUCAGUGUGUGGGUGAUGGGGAUCCUCGCCUGUGUGGGAAACUUGGUCGUCCUAAUUGGUCGUUUCGUGGUGAAGGAACCCAACCAGGUGCACUCCUUCUACAUCAAGAACCUGUCCCUAUCGGAUUUCCUGAUGGGGAUUUACCUCUUCGUCAUCGCCUCCUAUGACGCAUCCUUCAGGGGCGCGUACAUCAGACAUGAGUACACCUGGCGGCGGUCGUGGCAGUGCAGCUUGUGUGGGUUCCUCAGCACGCUCAGCUCAGAGGCCUCGGUAUUCACGCUCACCACCAUCACUCUGGACCGCUACUUCUCCAUCGUGCACCCUCUCACCCUGAAGGAGAGGACGUUGAGGGCGGCGGUGGUGGUGAUGGGCUGCAUUUGGAUGUUGGCGGUGGUCCUGGCGCUCCUCCCUGUGUCUGGGCUUAAUUAUUACGGCGAUAACUUCUACGGCAGUAACGGCAUGUGUCUCCCUCUGCACAUACAUGACCCCUACGCCAAGGCGUGGGAACAUUCAGCCAUCAUCUUCAUAGGCCUCAACUUGGUGGCCUUCAUGUUCAUCGCCUACGCCUACGGGAGGAUGAUCCUGUCUAUCCGGGAGUCCCAGAGCUCGCUGCGGUCCACCCAAGAGAAGCAAGACCGUGUACUGGUGAAGCGGUUCGCAUUCAUUGUUGGCACCGACUUCCUGUGCUGGAUGCCCGUCAUUAUCAUCAAGUUCAUUGCCCUGGGAGGCGUUGUCAUCGAUAAGACGCUGUACGCUUGGCUGGCUGUGUUCGUCCUGCCCGUCAACUCAGCACUCAACCCCAUCCUGUACACGCUCGCCACCAAGAUCUUUAAGCAACAGGUGGUCAAGAUGGUGUUCAACAUGAGCAGGUGGCCCACGGCUCCCCCACGCCCCGGCAAUGACUCCAAUCCCUCCAACUCCUACGUCACUCUCUACCGGGGUCGCUUCCACGCCGGCCAGGUGUCGACACGCACCAGCUCCUCGGGGUUCCAGCGACCUCGUCCCCCAAGUCUGGACGCCCGAGGGUUCUACAGAGGACGCGAGACUCCCACGAUCCCAUGCACUUGUCCGCCUGCUUGUGAGAUCUGAGGUCACACAUCUGCCUCCCUUCUAGACUCUCCUCUCUUGAACCUCUCAGUGACUCGGUGAUUCACUCCUCUGUGCCAGUGAGGCUUCGGAUCAGUGAGCCCAAAGAGUUGUGCAUUGAAAAUAUUGUCAGUUACUUUGGCCCUCGUGAUGUGAGAUUGUGUUGGCGGUGUAUGCUGCCGCGGCUGGCGUCACUGUGGACAUGCUGUGGUUAUUAGUGGUAAGUGUUAUGCACGUUACUUUGGACAUGACUGUGAGUGUCCAGCUUAAUCCCAACCUCACUGAACUAAGGAGUGACGCAAGGCAGCGCGGAACGAAACGAUGAAAUGAACGAAGGCCCAGAAAAUUAUUCCUUAGACAGUGACGACACUACUGUAUAUUUUUGACAUACGAUACAGACUCGAUGGAUUCCCUGCAUAUCUUUAAUUUUCUGUAUCAUGUGAUGGAGACUUUGGUGGUGUGACGGGAAAGAAAAAAUGUGCUAAAACCACCGAAGUGUAUUGUCGCAAUAUUGGUUUAAUCUUUCUCCAAAGGCUCAAAAGAAUAUGAUCACGUGUGUGAUAAUGUAUCCCAACAUUCCACUUUUAGAUUUUCUGAACUUGCUCUGUUUUUCCUGUUGUGUCAGAAGCAUUGUGUAAAUUGACAGAUUAUAUUUUUCUCGGCAACAGGAGCUGCUUAUGACACCGGAAGAUAAUCAAAGGGUGGGUAAGUGGUGGGCAGCAUAAACUUUAAAGUCACGUUCACAACAUUGACGCAAGGUUUCGUUUCCAAGGCGUUUCAUUGUAAGGGACGUGUUAUUUCUGUAUCAUCCAGGAACCUUCAUUACAUUGUGUUGUCGGCAAGACUCAUUUCCUGACUCAUCCUGAACAUGUGGACGAGCAAAUGAGUCGCCUGUCACUCCAGGGUAUUACUUGUUUCUGCUGUGUAUACCACCAUGUUUUCUUCCAAGAUCAUUAUAUUGUAAAGUAUUUUGGACUUGUAAGUUAUUUCCUCAACUGCACAAUAGCACACGCGCGCGCGCGCGUGUUUGUGUGUGUGUGUGUAUGUGUCACUGGGCUUCACUCAACACUAUCUUCAACAGACACAACCUCCUAAACUGGUUUCCAUAAGUUGAAAAAAAUAAAUAAAUAAACAAUUGUUAAACACUUCUAAUUCAUUAAUAAUGUUCGUCAUUAACAACUAAUUUAUUCAGUUUCAUACAGUGUUUUACAAAAUAAUUUAACAACUGUCUCUUAUUUAUAUAUGAUACACAAAGGUCACUCUUAAGAAAAAGUACUGAUAACUGACAAGAGCGAGAGUUCUAUCUAAAUUACACCAAAUGAAACCCCCGCCAAGGAAGAUUCCAUGGAAAUUUCCCCCAUGGUAAAUAACCCAAGACCUAACCUAGCCUAAUCUAUCACAGGAGGACGUUACUUUGGAGGGGAAAUAUUGUGGGUGGAAUGGUCGGAAGCGAAUUCAUUCAGAUGGAAACUUCAAUAUAUGGGCA